UGGCCCAGACGAUGUCGCGGAAUGAAGAAGUUGACUCUCGGGACCGCUGAAUCCCCGUGAGAGAAAUGUGUUAGUUUUUAAGGGAUAACGUUCUUUUUUUUUCUUAUUAUUUCUGAUAAGAAAAAAUAAUAUACAUAAGUCGAAAGUGCCGAACACAUAAAAUGUGGAGACUCGUGUGGGGCGCCACACUCGUGGCGGUGCUCUCCACGUGUUAUGGCCACGAGAGGAGCGAGAGGGCAAUUGCGACUUAUGCCAGACCGCAAGAACCUUUCCAGGGUUAUGUUUACGAGAAACCGGCAACGCAGUUUACACUGCCACCACGAGAGCAACCAUCACCUUCAACUAGUCCUCCAACGCCACCUAAACUACAGGUGACAACAGGACCACCACGGCCCGUUACGCCGAGUAGCACUCCGUCAUAUAAGUAUGAAACACCGGGGACUGUAUUCACUUUACCCACGAGGCCACCUCCACCUCUUGUAAUUUCAACGAGACCGCCGCCUACACCACCCCCUGUCACUGGGCCUCGCCAGCCGGAUAUUACACCAGUACCUGAAUAUAAGUAUCCAAAGCCGAGUAAUCCACUGACUCUGCCGCCUGCACCACCUCCCUCGAGACCUCCACCACCACCCACUACAAGAGCUCCGCCGCCAUCGUUUCCACCGCAAGUAGUUACAAGCCCUCGACCUAACUACAAUUAUCCGCCACCAAGCAAUCCACUGACUCUGCCGCCUGCACCACCUCCCUCGAGACCUCCACCACCACCCACUACAAGAGCUCCGCCGCCAUCGUUUCCACCGCAAGUAGUUACAAGCCCUCGACCUAACUACAAUUAUCCGCCACCAAGCAAUCCACUGACUCUGCCACCUGCACCACCACCCUCGAGGCCUCCACCACCACCCACUACAAGAGCUCCGCCGCCAUCGUUUCCACCACAAGUAGUUACAAGCCCUCGACCUAACUACAAUUAUCCGCCACCAAGCAAUCCACUGACUCUGCCGCCUGCACCGCCACCCUCGAGGCCACCACCACCACCACCUACUACAAAAGCGCCACCGCCGUCGUUUCCAUCGCAAAUAGUUACAAGCCCUCGUCCUAACUACAAUUAUCCGCCACCAAGCAAUCCACUGACUCUGCCGCCUGCACCGCCUCCCUCGAGGCCACCACCACCACCUACUACAAGAGCGCCUCCACCACCAUUUACUACAAGAGCCCCUCCGCCGCCACCUACUACAAGAGCACCACCGCCAUCAUUUCCACCGCAAGUAGUUACAAGCCCUCGCCCUAACUACAAUUAUCCGCCACCAAGCAAUCCACUGACUCUGCCGCCUGCACCGCCUCCCUCGAGGCCUCCACCACCACCUACUACAAGAGCACCACCACCAUCAUUUCCACCGCAAGUAGUUACAAGCCCUCGCCCUAACUACAAUUAUCCGCCACCAAGCAAUCCACUGACUCUGCCGCCUGCACCGCCUCCCUCGAGGCCUCCACCACCACCUACUACAAGAGCGCCUCCCCCACCGAGGCCCCCAACGCCACCGAAAACAACUCCUGCACCUGGAUAUAGUUAUCCGCCACCAGAUAACCCAUUGACGUUCCCACCUCGACCACCCCCUACUCCAACAAAACCGCCAUACGUUCCGCCGCCACCACCUCCAACUAGACCACCAUACAUACCCCCACCACCACCAACAAGACCACCUUAUGUUCCUCCUCCGCCUCCACCACCUCCAACAAAACCACCAUAUGUGCCUCCCCCGCCACCGCCACCACCACCAACUAGGCCACCUUAUGUGCCUCCUCCGCCUCCACCACCACCACCAACUAGACCACCAUAUGUGCCUCCUCCGCCACCACCACCACCAACAAGACCGCCAUAUGUGCCUCCUCCGCCACCACCACCACCAACAAAACCACCUUAUAUUCCUCCUCCGCCUCCACCACCACCACCAACUAGACCACCUUAUGUGCCUCCUCCGCCACCACCAUCACCACCUCCAACUAAACCUCCAUAUUUACCACCGCCACCACCACCAACAAGGCCACCUUACGUGCCUCCUCCACCACCACCACCACCACCAACUAGACCACCAUACGUACCUCCGCCACCACCACCACCACCAACAAGACCACCAUAUGUGCCUCCACCGCCGCCUCCAACGAGACCACCUUAUGUGCCUCCUCCGCCACCACCACCACCAACAAAACCACCUUAUAUUCCUCCUCCACCUCCACCAACAAGACCACCAUAUGUGCCUCCACCGCCGCCUCCAACGAGACCACCUUAUGUGCCUCCUCCGCCACCACCACCACCAACAAAACCACCUUAUAUUCCUCCUCCACCUCCACCAACAAGACCACCAUAUGUGCCUCCACCGCCACCACCACCACCGCCAACAAGGCCGCCUUACGUGCCCCCGCCAACAACUCAACCACCAACCUAUCUACCGCCUAAAGAUAGUACACCACCCCACACAAGACCACCACCUUAUCUUCCACCUUCGACGCCAAGACCAGUACAGGUGACUGUCAAACCACCACCAUACCCAACUCCCCUUUACAGUCCAACACCAAGCACUUCGAGCUUGCCACCACCAACGGGAUCACCAGCGCCAAGCCCAACGCUUCCACCAACCACGCCAGCCAAACCCUUCGUUGGAUACAACUAUCCAAUCCCCGAUAUACCAUUCGAGCUUCGAAAACGUUAAACGACUUUAGGUUAAAGAGAAUAACACUAACGAGUUCUCGUUAAUUAAAAAUAAUGCAAAAAAAUCCAUUAAUACAUUAAGAGAUUGUGGUUAUCAAGAACAGUGACCCUAUAGUAGACUCCACUAUCAUAGAUAGUAAAGCUCUACCAAAAAGAAAAGGAAUUUAGGCGUGUAAGAUAUAGUACGUGAGAAGUAAUAAAUGUUUCGUAAGUUUUUUCAAUGAA